UGUGAUUAUGUCCCAUGUAUAUAUCAGAUUGUGAACUCGCUUCUUCUCUUUUUAUGCAUUGUGGCCUCUCUUUCGUAUUCUGUUUCUCCUUGUAAGAGAGAAAAUUUGAAGUGAGAAGCCUUGUUUCAGAAUUUUUGUUUUCGCUCCAUCAUAGAUUGUUGUUGACUUUGAAGAUUUACACAGACCUCUGUCAAACAGAGAGCUUCUGUUUCUCGUUCACUUUGUUUUCUAUUAUAUAUAUUGGAAAAAGAAAAGCUUUUGUUCAGGACUCUGCAGUUCGGGAACUUCACGAUCACUUUGAUUUGGCUUUUCGAAGGUGAUCUGUGUCAAAGGAUUUUGAAUUUUAACCGAGUUGGAUGCAUGAUUUGGUGUUGAAGAGGGGUGAGGCGAGGCUUUUUUCUUGUUGGAUAUGAAGAGGUCCAGAGACGAUGGUUAUAUGAGCUCUCAACUCAAACGGCCCAUGGUGUCUUCACGAGGAGAAACAUCGGGGCAGCCCCAGAUGAUGGCCGGAGGUGCUCAAAAACUCACAACAAAUGACGCCUUAGCAUAUCUCAAGGCAGUAAAGGAAAUCUUUCAAGAUAAAAGGGAAAAAUAUGAUGAUUUUUUAGAAGUCAUGAAGGACUUCAAGGCUCAAAGAGUUGAUACUGUGGGUGUCAUAGCAAGAGUGAAGGAACUGUUUAAAGGGCACAGAGAUCUAAUUUUGGGAUUUAAUACCUUCUUGCCGAAGGGGUAUGAAAUCACACUUCCUUUGGAGGAUGAACAACCCGUGCAAAAGAAGCCCGUUGAAUUUGAAGAAGCUAUAAAUUUUGUUAACAAAAUUAAGUCUCGCUUUCAAGGUGAUGAUCAUGUCUACAAGUCGUUUCUAGACAUAUUGAAUAUGUACAGAAAGGAAAACAAGUCUAUUUCUGAGGUCUACCAGGAGGUUGCUUCACUUUUCCAUGACCACCCUGAUCUUCUUGAUGAGUUUACUCACUUUCUUCCUGACACUUCGUCAACAGCAUCUGCACAUUAUGCUCCUUCUCGGAACUCUAUGCUUCGGGAUAGGAGCUCUGCAGUGCCAAGGCGAAUGAGUAUUGAAAAGAAAGAAAGGACUGUGGAUUCUCAUGUUGAUCAUGACCUCAGUGUUGAUCGUUCUGAUCCAGAACAUGACAGAGUUAUCAUUAAGGCAGAAAAGGAGCAGAGGAGAUGUGUUGAGAAGGAAAAGGACCUUAGAGAAGAGAGGGAUAGGAAAGAUCAUGAACGGGAUGAUAGAAAUUAUGGGCCUGAUGGUAGCCGGGACUUUACCAUGCAACACUUCCCCCACAAACGGAAAUCUGGUCGGAGGACUGAUGACACUGGUGCUGAACCAUUGCAUCAAGGUGGUGAUUCUGAUGAAAAUUUGAGCAUGCGCCCUAUGUCAUCCACCUGUGAUGACAAAAGUUCUGUGAAGAGUAUGUAUAGUCAAGAGUUUGCUUUCUGUGAAAAAGUCAAGGAGAAAUUACGAAAUCCUGAAGUUUAUCAGGAAUUUUUGAAGUGUCUACAUAUCUAUAGCAGGGAAAUAAUUACCCGUCAAGAAUUGGAAUCCUUGGUGCGUGAUUUAUUGGGAAAAUAUCCAGACCUCAUGGAGGGGUUUAAUGAAUUUUUGUCCAGAUGUGAGAAGAAUGAUGGAUUCCUUGCUGGUGUGAUGAAUAAAAAGUCCUUUUGGAAUGAAGGGAUUGCAUGUAAACCAGCAAAGGCAGAGGACAAGGAUAGAGACAGAGCUCAAGAUCAUGACAGGGAUGAUCGGGUUAAAGAAAGAGAUUGUGAACUCCGAGAAAGGGACAAAUCUUCUGCUUUUAUUAGCAGGGAUGUUUCAGGUCCUAAGAUGUAUCCAUUUUCCAGCAAGGAUAAGUAUUACGCAAAACCUAUAAAUGAGCUAGACCUUUCGAACUGUGAGCAAUGCACUCCCAGCUACCGUUUCCUACCAAAAAAUUAUCCCAUACCCAUGGCGAGCCAGAGAACUGAGAUUGGUGCUGAAGUAUUGAAUGAUCAUUGGGUUUCUGUUACUUCAGGAAGUGAAGACUAUUCUUUUAAACACAUGCGCAAAAAUCAGUAUGAAGAGAGCCUGUUUAGAUGCGAAGAUGACAGGUUUGAACUUGAUAUGUUGUUGGAGUCUGUGAAUGUGACAACGAAGCGAGUAGAAGAGCUCUUAGAAAAGAUCAAUAAUAAUAUCAUUAAAGCAGACAGCCCUAUUUGUAUUGAGGAGCACUUGACAGCUCUAAAUCGAAGGUGCAUUGAACGAUUAUAUGGUGAUCAUGCACUUGAUGUAAUGGAGGUGUUAAAAAAGAAUGCACCUCUAGCUUUACCUGUCAUCUUAAGCCGUUUGAAGCAGAAGCAAGAAGAGUGGGCUAGGUGCCGUGCAGAUUUUAAUAAAGUUUGGGCUGAAAUAUAUGCUAAGAAUUAUCACAAAUCUCUUGAUCAUCGCAGCUUCUACUUUAAGCAACAAGAUAAAAAAAGCUUGAGCACAAAAGCCUUGCUGGCUGAAAUCAAAGAAAUUAGUGAGAAGAAACACAAAGAAGAUGAUGUUCUUCUUGCAAUUGCCGCUGGAAAUAGACGUCCUAUUAUUCCAAAUUUGGAAUUUGAGUAUCCAGACCCAGAUAUUCAUGAAGAUCUGUAUCAACUCAUAAAAUAUUCCUGUGGAGAAGUUUGUACAACCGAACAGUUGGAUAAAGUUAUGAAGAUUUGGACAACAUUUUUAGAACCAAUGCUUGGUGUUCCUUCACGACCCCAGGGUGCUGAGGAUACAGAAGAUGUUGUCAAGGCGAAGCAUAAAUCUGUCAAAGGUGGCACUGCAAGUUUUGGUGGUAGUGAUGAUAGUCCUGGUGUAGUUGCAAAUGUAAUGAGUUCAAGACAAUUAAAUACAUCUAGAAAUGGGGAUGAAAGUAUUUCAUUAGAACAGUCAAAUUCAAAGGCUGAAACUUUGGAUUAUAGUAAACAUCAUGAUGGAAUGCAUAUAAAUUCAUCCAUGCCUGACGAGGCAUCAGUGGCCAACAAACAAGUUCAUUCCAGUGAACGGUUAGUGAAUGCUAAUGUCUCAAUGGCUUCUAGAAUUGAACAGAGUAACGAGAGAACGAACAUAGAUCCUGCAUCAGGGCUUGCUGCUACUCCAUCAAGACCUGGUAUUGUUGCUGCUGGGGAGGGUGGCGAUUCUACAAGACCAGCUACACCUAUAAAUGGGGCUGUCACAGAAGGCAACAAAGUUCACAGAUACCAAGAAGAACCUACUGGACGCUUCAAAAGUGAAAGAGAAGAGGGUGAACUAUCUCCUAAUGGAGAUUUUGAGGAUAGCUCUGCAGUGUAUGGAGAUGCUAGUUUAACAGCAGUAGGACACAAAGGAAAGAAUGGCGGUGGGAGUAUGCAAUACCAAAAUAGACGUGAAGAAGGUUGUGGUGAGGCAGCAGGAGAAAAUGAUGCUGAUGUUGAUGAAGGUGAAGGAAGCCCUCAUAGGUCAUCACAGGACAGUGAGAAUGCUUCUGAAAAUGGUCAUGUUUCGGGAAGUGAGUCUGCUGAUGGUGAGGAGUGUUAUCAAGAAGAGCAUGAGGAGGAUGAGGAACAUGAUAACAAGGUUGAGAGUGAAGGUGAAGCUGAAGGAAUGGCUGAUGCCAAUGAUGUGGAAGGAGAUGGAAUAUCAUUGCCAUUUUCAGAACGCUUUUUGCUAUCUGUAAAGCCUCUGGCAAAGCAUGUUCCCCCUAUGUUCCACGAGAAAGAAAGGUUUUUUAGAGUUUUUUAUGGAAAUGAUUCCUUAUAUGUGCUUUUUAGGCUUCAUCGGACAUUGUAUGAGAGGAUACAAUCAGCAAAGUUGAACUCAUCAUCUGCAGAUAGGAAAUGGAGGGCUUCAAAUGAUGUAAAUUCUAAUGAUCAAUAUGGCAGAUUCAUGACUGCCCUGUAUAACCUACUGGAUGGUUCUUCUGACAACACAAAAUUUGAGGAUGACUGCCGAGCUAUUAUUGGAACUCAGUCAUAUGUGUUAUUUACAUUAGACAAGUUGAUAUAUAAGCUUGUUAGACAGCUGCAAGCAGUUGCUACUGAUGAGAUGGAUAACAAGCUUCUCCAACUUCAUUCAUACGAGAAAUCAAGAAAAUCUGGAAGAUUUUUUGAUAUAGUUUAUUAUGAAAACGCUCGAGUUCUUCUUCAUGAAGAGAACAUGUACCGUAUUGAAUGUUCAUCUACACCAACACGGCUAUCUAUUCAAUUGAUGGACUAUGGACAUGAUAAGCCUGAGGCAACUGCUGUGUCUAUGGAUCCUAACUUUUCGGCCUAUUUGCACAAUGACUUCCUUUCUGUUUUUCCUGAAAAAAAUAAGUCAGGAAUUUUCUUGAAAAGGAAUAAACGCAAAUAUGCCUGUGGUGAUGAACUUUCAAGCCAGGCCAUGAAAGGAUUACAAGUUAUUAAUGGUCUGGAGUGUAAGAUAGCUUGCAGUUCAUCUAAGGUUUCAUACGUUUUAGACACAGAGGACUUUUUAUUUCGAAUGAGAAGGAAAAGGAAAGCUUUGCAUCAGAACAGAUUAACUCAUGAGCAGACAAAUUCUAAAAACGUUUGUUCAAGGAGAGCACAGCAGUUCCGGAGAUUGUUUUCCAUCACAUGAUGCCAUUUGUUGAGUUGGAUAUGGUGUUGACAAACUAGUAAUUUCACAUAUAAUGGGAAGCGCAUUUGCAGAAGUAGCCCCUUCAAUGCAGUGACUUGUGCAAGCAACAUUCAGAGUGACCCCAUAAAAGAAGUGAAUCAAGUUGCAGCAAGCAUAGCAAGUCAUUUUUUCUGAGAUUAUGUUUGCUGAAUGCUCUCAUUUCACACCAGCAGUAAAAGUAUGCGGAAGGGGAAACAAAGGGCUCGGUCGGAUACUGUUAUUUUGUGGCUGAUGAGUCAGAAUCAUGUAAAUAGAGGUAAUUUGUGAUGUAACUAGAUCACAUUUCAUUCCAUUCAUCCAUAUUUGUUAUUAUCUUAUUUGAUUACAGCCUUCCCUCGUCUUUAACUGCUGCUGCUGCUUUUCUUUGGUUUUCUUUCCUGUUAUUGACAUAAUGGAAUAUUCUGUGGCUGCAAUUGGCCUUCAGUUCUGAGAAA